AGAGGGGGAGCGGAUGUAAACCUUGUCCAGCCUAACAUUCCAUAUGGAUCCUAACAUGCCAUGUCGCCGGCUGAAACAUUCGAAAGAACAUGGCAUGUUCCUUCAAUCUACCCCCGCUCCAUUUCAGCAUAUUUCCAUCGUGUACAUGCUCGUUAUAAAUUCAGAUCCCGAUCGUAUCGAAGCAUCAAGACGAAGAGGGGAAGAAGAAGAAAAGAAAGAUACCCGUUUAGAUUAAUCUCAGUUGUUUCUUUUGCAAAAAAUUGAGUCAGCAAUUAGCCAUGGCGACGUUGCCAUCUUCUUGUUGGCGCUCGGUGCUGUUGCUAUCCGUCCUCCUGGUCGCCAUGGAUCAGAUGGCCAUGGCAUCCCUGUCGGAUGACAUCGAGGUGGGGUGGGGCCAGGACCACAGCUUCUUCUACAUGGACGGCCCCGACGACAAUCAGACACUCGCGCUGUGUCUCGACGAGACCCACGGCUCGGGUUUCCACACCAAGGAAGCCUACCUCUACGCCCGCUUCGACAUCGACAUUAUGCUCGUCCCCAACAACUCCGCCGGAACGGUCACCACGAUCUACCUGUUCCCGGUGGAUGUGCCGUGGGAGUACCAUGACGAGGUGGACCUGGAGUUCCUCGGCAACGUCACGGGCGAGCCCUACACGCUGCACACCAACAUCUUCGUCAACGGCGUCGGCCACCGGGUGGAGCAGUUCCGCCUCUGGUUCGACCCCACCGCCGACUUCCACACAUACUCCAUCGACUGGAACCCCAAGCGCAUCACAAUCCUGGUCGACGGCGUGCCGAUCCGGGUAUUCAAGAACCACGAGAAGGACGGGGUGCCGUUCCCGUCGUGGCAGAAGAUGAAGCUGGAAGGGACCCUGUGGAACGCCGACGACUGGGCGACGCAGGGCGGCCGCGUCAAGACAGACUGGUCGGCGGCGCCUUUCUUUGCCAACUACCGCAACCUACGUGUGUCCUGGUGCCAGCCGUCACCCGGCGUGGCCUGGUGCGGCGACGAGCCGCCGGAGUCGACAUGGUUCGAGCAGGGCCUGGACGCGGUGGCCCUGCAGAACGCGCGGGACACGCACAUGAUCUACGGUUACUGCAAGGAUGUCAACCGGAAAGAGUUGCCCAAGGAAUGCACCUUGGAUUAGUGGCACGAUUCUUUCUUCCCAAUUGAUAUGUCAUUGGGUCGAUCUGUAAAUUUAUAUCUACAUUAAAGAUUCAUUCGUUCCUGCUUC